AUGCCGCGUGUGUCAGCCUAUCUUAGAGAGCCGAAGAUUGAAGCCGGACCGGCCUCGCAGCGAUACAUGGCUAUUGCUCAGGCCCGCCUCUCCAACGAUGCUGCGCUGGUGACGCCAAACAGUACGGCAUUCCGCCAGCUACAGAAUAUCGAUAUUCAGCAAGCCGAAAUAGACCGUGCCAUGGCCGAGCAGGAAGUGCGCAGCAACAGUGAGUAUCGUGUCGUGCGAAUUAAGCUCCACGGAGUUCCUGUACCACUGGAGGUCAACAUUCAGGAUUUACGAGAUGCGCUCGGGCUUCCAAGCUACAGCUUGCGCUUCCCAUUCAGGGCACCGCCAAAUAUUGACACGUCUGACCCAAUCAACAAUUUUGACGACGAUGACCAUGCGGAUGAGGAAAUGCAAGGCGUGGAUCAAGAGUGA